UGAGCUUUUCAAAAAGACAGCCAUAGAAUAGAGAAAAUCUGUAAAUUUGGACCUUAAAACUUCUUGUUAAUAAAAAAUCUUUCUUUGGUUUUUACUCAGGUUGCUUCCUAAACUAGAAAUUCUUCUGCAAAGGCCAUGGCUGCCUACUGACGGUGGCGUCAGUGUAAGUGCCUACCAGCGUUGUGGUGAAUCAACCAAAACAAAUCAUGCAAAUACCGUCCCAUAAAGCAGGUGUAACUGUAACUAAAAAAAAGAAAGAGAGCAAAUAUCUAAAACUGAAUGAAUCAAGUAAAGCACUACGCCGUUUCCAUGCCAAUAAUUGUGUGCCAAAGUUGUUGCAGUAUAUGCUAAACGUCGUUGUCAUGGAAGACAAACUGCAUGUCUCUUGGCCGUGUGCGAUUUGAUCGAACAAGCUCCUCAUCUCCUUCUGGUCUCUCGUUUUUGGAGUUGCUGGUCAACAUGCUUUGGAUGCUCAUGCAAACGCUCUCUGCACUCUGCACCGGGCUCCAACCUUGUGUGGCGAGCAGAUCUAAGCAAAUGAUGCCGUUGGAAUAGAUGUGAGGGUGCAUCGGUAUCGGUCGGUCCGGAAGUUUUUCGAAAGUGACCUCUGGGGGCUCUGUAAUGUGUAUAUCAGUUAGCAGGCAUCUCUAUGCACACAGUCAUACCAUGGGCAGACGCACCGAUGGGAUAUGCAUCUGGAAACAGGAACUUGAGCCGGUAAAUCUGGUUUUCGUAGAGCGGGUUGCUGUCCAAGACGCGGAUGUCAAACUUCCACAGCUUCAAGUCAUCUCCCUCGAUAAGCUCGAUUCCAGAGGGCAGACCGUGCUGUUGAAUCUACAAAGCACUCUCGUUAGCAGUGAUCGUCAAACGGGCGGGCUUGCGGUCCACCAACUUUUUGCCUCUCUUUGGCGACUCGUUUUGAUCUCAUCUGCAUGGCCAUGAUGUGUGAACUUGUCAAGGUUGCCCCAACACAAAUGACCAACUCAGCCGCGGGAAGAAGGAUGUGCGCCGACAGCCAGCUGAAUUACGGGCGUAGUUUUGGAAGAAAGUAGUGCACAAACGAAAGCAAAGCGGCCUGGCCAGGCACGGUCGCAUGGGUAGCUGUCCCCGUUUGGUGUGGCGGGGAGUAGCAAAGCCAACAGCAAGCAGGGCGACGAAUCAGAGGCAGCGAGGCACGGAUGGCCUGAUCACAGGUGACCAGGGCCCUCCUGCUGCCCCCAUGUUUCGAUAUGUGGUUUUUACAGCCUGCCUGUUGGGCUGUCAUUUCCUGUUUGUAUUUUUAUUGGUUGUAUAAUUUUGUGGUAUUUGAUUCUCAGCCAGGUACGUACGUCACCAACAGUACGCAAACAUCCCGUGCUGACCUCGGGGCUCAAUGCCGUAGUACAGCGGUAGGCCAGGCCGAAUGCCGGGUGCCGCAGCAGGGCCAGUGGAAUACCUAAUCCCGCGCUCACUUGGCAAAGCAGCAGCACCGCAAGCGCAGCAAAAUAAAAACCACAAAAAUAUGGAGGAGGGGACGAGUAUACGGGCCUGUCGUCAUUGAGCAGCCCCAACUGACUCGUUUCUCACGCCCCGAAAACCCAAACUCCUAUCAUUUCAGCACAGCCUUGCCAGCCCCCACUGCCAGCACUGGCCGUGUCGCGACAGCGUUCCAUGUAGCUAUUUCCAGCGCCUGUUGGCGUGGCUGUGCGCUACGCUGAGCCCACUGGACAGGCCCAACUUGGAGGGGUAACCCCCUCUGUCCCGGGGGGUGGAGGACGUGCGCAGCGACUGGAUCUCGCAAGGGCUUCGUUUGCAGCGUACUCUAUAAUUCAGCCGCUCCCUCAGCCCGGCCUCGUCUUGCAUCUGCGUGUCCGCUUCAUUUCACACCCGCACCCAACAUCACCACUUGUUGCUUAUAAACUUGCUUCUGCCAGGCCGGCGUCGACGACGUUUAUUGCGCCUCUUCACCUACUCCUCUACUCACCAGCGAGCACUCUGUUGCAACCAGCUUUUUUUUACGAGGUGCCGCACGUACCCCGCCAUCGACCAACAUGAGCUUUUCUGGUAUGCUCAACCGCCUUCACGGGCAGCCCGAGAGCUACGACAAGAAAUCCAAAUACCGUUUCGGCCGAACUCUUGGUGCUGGUACUUAUGGUGUCGUUCGCGAGGCCGAGGGCCCCAACGGCAAGGUUGCUGUCAAGAUCAUCCUGAAGAAGACCGUCAAGGGCAACGAGAAAAUGGUGUACGACGAGCUUGACAUGCUGCAGAGAUUAAAGCACCCUCACAUUGUCAAGUUUGUCGACUGGUUUGAAUCAAGAGACAAGUUCUACAUUGUCACCCAGCUCGCUACUGGCGGCGAGCUGUUCGAUCGUAUCUGCGACCAGGGAAGGUUCACUGAGAAAGAUGCCUCGCAAACAAUAAAGCAGAUCCUCAGCGCCGUCGACUACCUGCACAAGAACGAUGUCGUCCACCGCGAUCUCAAGCCCGAAAACUUGCUCUAUGUCACCCGCGAGCCCGGAUCCGACCUUGUACUGGCCGAUUUUGGCAUUGCUAAGACGCUGGACAGCAAGGAAGAGACUCUCAGCACAAUGGCCGGCUCUUUUGGCUACGCCGCCCCCGAAGUCAUGAACCGCGAAGGCCACGGCAAGCCCGUCGACAUGUGGUCCAUGGGCGUAAUCACAUAUACCCUCCUGUGCGGUUACUCUCCGUUCCGCAGUGAGAACCUUGCCGACCUUUUGGAAGAAUGCACAAAGCAUGACGUCGUCUUCCACGAGCGCUACUGGAAGGACGUCAGCCAAGACGCCAAGGACUUCAUCCAGUGUCUUAUUGUGCCUAACCCCGACAAACGAUGGACCAGCGAGCAAGCUCUAGGCCACAUCUGGCUGAGCGGCGAGAAUGCCACCGAGCACGACUUGCUGCCUGAACUGCGCCGCCGCAAGGAGGCUCGCAUGAAGCUCAAGAAUGCCAUUGUCGCUAUCCAGCUGCAGAAGCGCAUUGCCCGCCUCCGCACCGACGACUCCGACUCCGACGACCUCGGCGAGGGAGCUACCGGCGUGCCCAGCAUCAAGACCGACGACUCCAGUGCCAGCGGCUCCAGCAAGGGUCCUCUUGGCGGACUCAGCAUGUUCCGCGCUGUUGUCGCUGCCAAGGUCCAAGAAGAAAAGAACAGAAAGGAGUCGCUGGCGACUGACGACGAGCUGAAGGAGGAGCACCGCCGCAAGAGCUUCAAUGCUAACAACUAAAGCUUUGUGUGUGCCUGUGUACAGGUGAUGGUGACGGGUGGAAAGAAGCAUAUAUGGCUUGAAGGAGACUGGAUAUUGACGAGAGCGUGCCUUGAAACAAACGAAAUGCCCUGAAUGCCUUUUACGUGCUCUGUUGGCAGCGUCUCAACCUUGUUUUGUAGACGGCACAGGUAGUGUCUAAUCGUUUACUUUGACUUUGGAGUGUAUGCUCUUUUUUUGAUGGCGGCGA